UCCAUCCACCAUGGCGCUUGCCCUCCCAUCCGGCGCGGCCGCGCUCGCCGUGCCAGUAACCGCAAGCAACAGUCCGCGCAAGGAGAAGAAGCGGAAGCGCAAGGAAAAGAAGGAUAAGAAGGAGGAUAAGGAGAAGGAGUACGACAGCGAGGCUGAGCUCGAGGUCUCGGCGGAGGAUCUGGUCGCUGCUGAAGGCGAGGCCGCGCGCAAGGAGGGUGAGGGGGAGGAGGACGAGGACGACGAGCCCGCCGGACAGGUCGGUGUCGACGUCAAGCAGGCGGCGAAGCGGCGGCGUGACGAGACAUUAUUGCUCCGCGGCGUCCUCGACGAGGAGCAGGCGCGGCGGUAUGAUGCGUUCCGCGGCACCGUCCUCCCGCGUGGCGCUGUCAACAAGCUCAACCGCGACAUGUUCGACCAGCACGUGCCGAAGAAUCUCGCGCCGGUCCUCGCCGGUCUGCUCAAGAUCUUCGUCGCUGACGUUGUCGAGACCGCCCGCGAGCUCCAGCCGCACACGGCACACCCGACAGGCCCGCUGCAGCCUUACCACCUGCAGAUGGCGCGGGUGCGGCUGCAGGAACAAGGGUUGAUGGGCGCGCCGCGAGGAACAGGAGCAGAACGCUCGUCGACCGGCCUGCGGCCCCGCAAGCCGCUGUUCCGACGCUGAGUCAUGAUUGUACUGUAUAUAAGAUUGUAUCCAUGCUGCUACAGAUGAUUAAACUACGCG